AUGUUGUCACGACCAUGCCUCGGCUACGCUAUCGGGCUCACCCUAGGCCUUGUUGCCAAGGGUGUUAACGGUGCGCCCUGCGACAUCUACGCCACUGGCGGCACGCCCUGCGUGGCUGCCCACAGCACCACCCGUGCACUAUACGACGCCUUCAACGGCGCACUCUACCAGGUGAAACGCGAUGCUGACGGUGCCACGACUGACGUUAAGCCUCUGUCUGCCGGUGGCGUUGCCAAUGCCGCUACCCAAGACUCGUUCUGCGCUGCUACUACAUGCCUUAUCAGCAUUAUUUACGACCAAUCCGGCAAGGGUAAUCACCUUACUCAGGCUCCUCCCGGAGGCGCAGCGAGCGGCCCGGACGCCAAUGGCUUUGACUUCCUAGCUAGCGCCCAUGGCGCACCUGUCACCCUGGGCGGUAAAAAGGCGUACGGCGUCUUCAUCUCACCCUUCACCGGCUACCGCUGCAACACCGCCAGUGGCACAGCUACUGGCGACGCAGCAGAGGGUAUAUACGCAGUCGUUGACGGGACUCACUAUAACGGGGCCUGCUGCUUCGAUUACGGCAAUGCUGAGACCAACAGUCAAGAUACUGGCAAUGGCCACAUGGAGACCGUCUACUUUGGCACCGGCGGUGGUAGUGGUGCCGGCAACGGCCCUUGGGUCAUGGCCGAUCUGGAGAACGGCCUGUUCUCUGGCGCUGACCGCAACAGCAACCCUGGCAACCUGCCACAGACUUCCCGAUUCGUCACUGCAGUCGUUAAGGGGAACACAAACAACCAUUGGGCGAUCCGUGGCGGUAACGCCACAUCCGGUUCGCUGUCGACCCUUUACGACGGCGCGCGCCCAGACAGUAGCUACAACCCAAUGAAGAAAGAGGGUGCUAUUAUUCUAGGCAUUGGCGGCGAUAAUAGCAAUUGGGCUCAAGGCACGUUCUACGAAGGUGUCAUGACUACCGGUUAUCCGUCUGAUGCUACUGAGAACGCAGUACAGGCUAAUAUCGUAGCCGCUGGAUACGCUACCACGUCUCUUACCAGUGGCCCAGCGCUCUCUGUCGGCUCCUCUAUCUCGCUGAGAGCUACAACAGCUUGCUGCACUGGAGACUACAUUACCCAUACCGGCUCCACCGUCAAGAUCCAAGCCGUGUCGUCUUCAAGCCCUGACGCCCUCAGACAGCAGGCUAGCUGGACAGUUCGCACUGGCCUCGGCUUCAGCGGCUGCUUCUCGUUCGAAUCCAAGGACACUCCUGGCAGCUUCCUGCGCCACUCCCAGUACACGAUUGUCCUGAACGGUAAUGAUGGCAGCAAACAGUUUGCUGAAGAUGCCACGUUCUGCCCACAGACCGGCCUCAACGGUGCCAGCAACAAUGCUUUGCGAUCCUGGAGUUAUCCCACUCGCUAUUGGCGCCAUUUUAACGCGGUGAUCUAUAUCGCAAGUAACGGUGGUCCUUUCGAAUUUGAUUCCAAGGUUUCGUUCAACGACGACGUGAGCUUCGCGGUUGGCGCCAGUCUUGCUUAAGUCCUGUCUGGCCCAACCUCUCUACCAAAGCAUCCAACGUCUCUUGUGUCGGGAUCACCGUAGCCUACGCAAAUUUUUCCUUAUUUAGCUUGUUUACCCUUGCCUAUGCGCAAGAAGAGUGAAAAUGUGCUUAGAAAAAUAGCGCAAUUCUACUGAGAAUAACUUCAUAUAUAUAAAUCCGUCUCAGCUCGAGAAUAUCUCACAAUUACAAGCCAAAAUUACCGAGUUUUUUCACGUGCAUAGACGCUUUUGCUAUUCAAUUGAUGCUAUACUGCUUGCUUUAUUCUAC